GGUCAUCAGGGACCAGACCUCCACCCGGUAGACCUGAUCCAGAUCAAGGUAGACCUGGUUGUUUGUUGGAGGAGGUCCUCGGAGCAGAGACCUGAGAAGAAGAGAAGAAGAAGAAGAUCCUGAGAGCGUCUCAGUGUUCAGCUGUGAGUGAAGCGUAGAAACAACAGCAUGGAUCCAUUCUGAAUUAACUCAAAGAGAGAGCAGAUGAAAGAUGAUCCAGCAAACAGUCACAGCUCACUGUUACCACCUCUCCUCCUGCGACCGCAGCUAACGGCUCCAAAAGUCUCCUCGUCUUCUUCACUGACAGUCUCUUCAGUCCUCCAGAGACACCUAACAACUAAAUAAACAACAAACAUGGCUGCUGUUAAGAUAGAAGAUGGAAGACAGACAGGUAGACAGACAGACAGACAGGCAGCUCUAACUCUUGGCCUUCUUCAUCAUCAUCAUCAUCAUCAUCCUCAGAGGACGAAGGACAGGGAGCACCCUGACCCUCGCCUCGCCGGGUCGCCAUGGCAACGGUCAUCUGUACUCGAUUCACCGAAGAGUUUCAGCUGUAUGAAGAGCUGGGCAAGGGAGCGUUUUCGGUGGUGCGCCGCUGUGUGAAGGUUCUGUCGGGACAGGAGUACGCCGCCAAGAUCAUCAACACCAAAAAACUCUCUGCCAGAGAUCAUCAGAAGUUGGACCGGGAAGCUCGAAUCUGUCGUUUACUGAAGCACCCAAACAUCGUGCGGCUACAUGACAGUAUUUCGGAGGAGCUUCAUCAUUACCUCAUCUUUGACCUGGUGACGGGUGGAGAGCUGUUUGAAGACAUCGUAGCCAGAGAAUAUUACAGUGAAGCUGACGCCAGUCACUGUAUCCAGCAGAUUUUGGAGGCGGUGCUUCAUUGUCACCAGAUGGGCGUGGUCCACCGAGACCUGAAGCCAGAGAACCUGCUGCUGGCCUCCAAGUCUAAAGGAGCGGCGGUGAAACUGGCUGACUUCGGCCUCGCCAUCGAGGUGGAAGGAGACCAGCAGGCCUGGUUUGGCUUUGCGGGGACCCCGGGUUACCUGUCCCCGGAGGUUUUGAGGAAGGAUCCUUAUGGCAAAGCCGUUGACCUCUGGGCCUGUGGUGUGAUCCUCUACAUCCUAUUGGUCGGUUAUCCUCCGUUCUGGGAUGAAGAUCAACAUCGUCUCUACCAGCAGAUCAAAGCUGGAGCUUAUGAUUUCCCCUCCCCUGAGUGGGACACGGUGACUCCUGAAGCUAAAGAUCUCAUAAACAAGAUGUUGACCAUCAACCCGUCAAAGAGGAUCACAGCAGCUGAAGCUCUCAAACACCCCUGGAUCUCUCAUCGCUCCACGGUGGCGUCCUGUAUGCACCGACAGGAGACGGUGGAGUGUCUGAAGAAGUUCAACGCCAGGAGGAAGCUCAAGGGAGCCAUCCUGACCACCAUGUUGGCCACCAGGAAUUUCUCCGGAGGAAAGAGCGGCAACAAGAAGGCCGACGGCGUCAAGGAAUCAUCUGAGAGUACAAACACCACCAUCGAGGAUGAAGACACCAGAGUGAGGAAACAGGACAUCAUUAAAGUGACAGAGCAGCUCAUCGAGGCGAUCAGCAACGGAGACUUUGAGAGCUACACUAAAAUGUGCGACCCGGCUGUCACGGCGUUCGAGCCUGAGGCGUUGGGGAAUCUUGUCGAAGGCCUUGACUUCCACCGCUUUUAUUUUGAAAACUUGUGGUCUAAGAACAGUAAGCCGGUCCACACCACCAUCCUGAACCCUCACAUCCACCUGGUGGGAGACGAGGUCGCCUGCAUCGCCUACAUCAGAGUGACUCAGUACAUCGACUCCAACGGGACGCCUCGCACCGCCCAAUCAGAGGAGACCAGGGUGUGGCACCGCCGCGACGGGAAGUGGCAGAUCCCGCUCCAUUUCCACCGCUCAGGAUCCCCAGUCCAACAGGUCAGCCAGUUUAAGUCAGACCAGUUUAACAGGUCAGAGACCAGUUUAACAGUUAACUUCCAGAGUGGGCGGGUCUUCUUCUGUCGCCUUGACAACUGA